CCCUCAGCCCAGGGUAGCUAUGGAUAUGGAAACAACAGAUAUUCCAGUCACCAGUGUCAAGGCUGCUGACCCAGUAACAACAACACAGACACACAUUUGUGGCGAUUUAAAGAGACAGUUUCCAAACCAGGAUGAUUCUCAUCUGAUUCAAAUCCGAGCUUCUUCAUCAGAGAUUGCACGCCGAAUCUCUGCGCUCAUUGAGCAGAAGCAGCGGGAAGUUGACAUGGCCAACUGCCAGGAGUUCUGUGGGGUGCAUCCUGCAUUGGAAGCCUCAGAUGAUACCUGUGCCAGAACAUCGGCAGAGUUUGUGCCAAGAGCUGGGGGUAAAAGUCACAUUAAAGUGAGCAGAGUGGUGAACAUGUAUGGUCCACAGACCCGCUUCUCAAAUCAGGCCAAUCAGAGACCUUAUAACAAACAGGAAGUCAAACAGGCAGACUCAACGGUGGAUGGCUUGGAAGAGAGGCUCUCUAAUAUGGAGGAACAUUUGAAGCUUGCAGGUCCCAAGAAGUCAGAUAUUUACAGUAGACUCAAAGAACUUGAAGAAAGAAUUCUGUUCUUAGAAAGUCUAUCGCCAGAAUACUUUUCGUCUGGGCCUCCAAGGCCAAAGAAAUUGAAGCCAGAGCCCCGUGAUCGCCAAGUGUUGUCCAGGGAUAAUAAUGAUGAUUUGAGCAUCGAAGACAUAGACAAAAGGAUAAACAAACUACGGGAGACCCUACAUCAUAAAAUACAGACUUGAUAUUGAUGUACAUUGUUAACAUGAGCAAGAAAAAGUGAACUAGUGCUGACCUCCUGCCCUGUAUGUUUUAUGGGAGGAUUUAGGGGUAGAUUGUUUAUCCUGUGAAAAAGAAGCACAAAUACCUUCAUGGAAUCUUGGUGUUCUGAAUUUUGCUGCCUGCAAAAUAGUUGUUCCUAAAAUGUUGUCAUGGGCAAUGGUGUGCAUUUGGUCUAGAAAUAAUGACUUGCAUAGAGGAAACAUAUAACAACUUGCUUAAGAAGUAUAAUUAUACCCUGCUUAAGAAGUAUAAUUAUACCCUCUGGUAUGCAAUAAACAGGGUUUAAUGUACUUGUCAUGUACGUCUGUCUUUCCAUCCGUAUAUCAAAAUUUGUCUGGAGGAGUUCUCCCAUUCUUUAGUGUACAACAUCAAUACAUGCAAACCUUUCUCCAAUGAUGUCAGUUGUGCAAGUGUUUAUUGUCCCGUACUGGUGAAACCGGAGGGGACUUAUGGUUUGCACUCCGUCUGUCUCUGUCAGUCUGUCUGUCUGUCUGUCAGUCAGUCUGUCUCACUUUUCUGGAUCCUGCGAUAACUUUAAAAGUUCUUAAUAUUUUUUCUUGAAACAUGGAUAAAUGGCAAUAUGGAGAUUAUGCACAUCAUUUCAUUUUGAUCCUACCUCAAAAAUUCUGGUUGCUAUGGCAACAAAUAUAUGUAAAAAAUAAAAAAUAAAAUUCUGACAAUGGUGGAGUUUCACCGGUAGGGGACCGUAUUGCUUGGCAAUCUCUUGUUUGUAUUAUUUUGUCAAAACCAUAUCUCUAAAACAAAAAGAGAUGUCAACUUAAACCUUUAGAGGUUGGUAGAGCUCAUUGGGGGAAAGUGAACAAGAACCCUGACUCUUGCUUCCAUAGUUUCAGAGUGAUUGCCCUUUUUAACUCACCUGAGCACAAGGUCCUCAUGGUGAGCUUUUAUGAUCGCCUUUUAUCUGUCUUGCAUUGCCAACAUUUGCCUUGUUAACACACUAGAGGCCACAUUUAUUGUCCGAUCUUCAAGAAACUUGGUCAGAAGAUUUGUCCCAAUGAUAUUUUGGACUAAUUCGAAAAUAUUUCCGGUUGGUUGAAAAACAUUGCUGCCAGUGGGCGGGGCAUUUUUCCUUAUAUGGCUAAAGGUAAACCUUGUUAACACUUUAGAAGUCCCAUUAAUUGUCCAAUCUUCUUGAAACUUAUAAAAAAAAAUGUUGAAAUGAUGUCUUGGAUGAGUACCAAAUUGUUACAGUAUGAUGAAAAACAUGGCUGCCAGGGGGAGGGGCAUUUUUAGCUCACCAGAUUGCUCAGGUGAGCUUUUGUGACCGGUUUUUAUCUGCCGUUAACAUUUGUUCUUAAACACUCUAGAGGCCACAUUUAUUGUCCGAUCUUCAUGAAACUUGGUCAGAAUAUUUGUCCCAAUAAUAUCUCUAUCGAGUUCGAAACUGGGUCAUGCUGGGUCAAAAACUAGGUCACUAGGUAAAAAAAAAAAGAAACAGCUUGUAAACACUGUAGAAGUCACAUUUAAUGCCCAAUUUUCAUGUAACUUUGUCAAAAUGUCUGUCUUAAUGAUAUGUUGGUUGAGUUCAAAAGUGGUUCCGGUCUGUUGACAAACAUGGCCGCCAGUGGGCGGGGCAGUUUUCCUUAUAUGGCUAUAGAGAAACCUUGUAAACACUCUAGAAGUCACAAUUUUGGCCCAAUCAUCAUGAAAGUUAAUCAAAAUCAUUGGUUUUAUUGAUAUGUCGGAUGAGUUCGAAAAUGGUCCAGAUCGGUGAAAAAACAUGGCCGCGGCGGGGCAUUUUUCUCUAUAUGUAUAUAGUGAAAACAUGUGAACACUCUAGAAAUCACAUUUUUUGCCCAAUUUUCAUGAAGUUUGGUCAGAACAUUUGUUUCCUUGAUACGGGAGUUGAUAUAUCUCAGAUGAGUUUGCAAAUGGUUCCGAUGGGUCAAUAAACAUGGCUGCCAGGGGGGUGGGGACGUUUUCCUUAUGUGACUCUAUAGAAAAACCUUGUGAUCGAACACUAUAGAAGUCACAUAUUUUGCCUAAUCAUCGUGAAACUUAGUAAACACAUUGGUUUUAUUGAUUUCUUGGACAAGUUGGAAAAUGGCUCAGAUCGGUGAAACACACUUUUUAGCUCACCUGGUUGCUCAGGUGAGGUUUAAGGAUUGGUCUUUGUCCGUUGUUCGUCCGUCCACAUUUGGUUUGUAAACACUCUAGCAUUCACAUUUCUCAAGCAUUCUUUAUCAAAGUAACUGAAAGAUCUCAGUCAAGUUUGAUAAUGAGCAAAAUCACAUAAUUAAUGCCAUAAUUAUUGCCCUUAGAUUGUCCAAAUUUUCAAUAUAUUAUACAAAAUCCUUGUAAGCAAAGUUUGAUGUUUGGUAAGGGGGGUCAACUCAAAAUAUAGGUCACCAUUUAAAAUCUUACAAAAACAAAAACACUCCCUACGCCAGAGUUUUGGUUCAAUAAUGAUGAGACUUGACCAGGAUGUUUGUCUGGUCAAUAUCUAGGUAAAGUUUGACAUUAGGAAAAGAUUGUAUGAACCGACUCCUCUCAGGUGAGCGAACUAGGGCCAUCUUGGCCCUCUUGUUCCUUAUAUGGCAAUUGUAAAACCUUGUUAACACUCUCAAGUCAUAUUUAUAUUCCAAUCUUCAUGAAACUUGGUCAUGCAUUUGCACUUAUGAUUUAUUAAAUGAGUUCGAAAUGGUUCCAGUCUGUUAGAAAACAUGGCCACCAGUGGCGGGGCAUUUUUUCCUAAUAUGGCUAUAGUAAAAUCUUGUUAACUCUGUAAAAGUUACAUUUAUGGUCCAAUCUUUAUGAAACCUGGUCAGAUUUGUUUUAAUAAUAGCUCGGCCGAGUUAAAAAAUAUAUACGGUUUCGGGAAUAAUAAGGCCCCAGGGGGGCGCGGCAUUAUUCCUUAUAUGGCUAUUGUAAGACCUUGUUAACAACCUAGAAGUCACAUUUUUAGUCCAAUCUUCAUGAAACUUGGUCAGAACAUUUGACGAGUUCGAAAAUGGUUCCCAUCCAUUUAAAAACAUUGCUGCCAGGGGGCUGGCCAUUUUUCCUUAUAUAGCUAUAGUAAAACCUUGUUAACUCUCUUGUUAGUAUUUUUGCCAAGUUUGAAAAUAGUUUCAGAAACAUCUCAAAGAGCAGCUCAGUCCCCCAAAGUCUCUGGUGAGCCACUAUGGGCUUCUGGCCCUCUUAUUUCUUGUAGGUACCUAAGGGGGUAUUUCAGUCAUGACAAUAAAAGUUUGAGAUAUUUCAUGUUAAUUCUUUAAGAUAAAACCUUUCAAAAUGUG